AUGAUUUCGGGAUUUAAUGUAGUCCAAAUUUUUUAUGGAGCACCUGGUCGGCGAUUUCUGUCUUUAUGUACGGCUCCGCUUUUGACUGCUUAUGAUGUUAAAAAGUUCGCAGAUCCUGUCACUGAUUUGGAGGAGUUGAACAAGCCUUUACCUAAGGAUGAUGACCGUCAUUAUUUGUUUAUAAAAGCGCAGAAAAGUGACGAGAGUCCAGUUUUUUACAGGAAUUAUUUAGUUGACAAAUUCGUCCGAGUUUGUAUGAAAAGUGGAAAUAAAGAGAAAGUUCGUUUGGGUGUAUACCUUGCUUUGGAAGAGGUGAAGCGGCGUCAAUACAAACGGUGGUUGGAAGUUGAUGAAGAAGAGAAAAAAGCAAUUGAACUGGAUCCGUUUGCGAUUGCUGAACGAGCCAUAAUGAACUGUCGUCCACGUAUGAAGCUUUGUGUGGCAGUUAGAGGUGGUAUAAGUUACCAGGUACCUUCUCCAGUUAGUGAAGAAGAAUCAAUUUUUCGUGCGAUGAAAACAAUUAGAGAAGUUUGUAGGACUAAGGCUAAACGUGGUGCUAUACAUUUUGAAGAAAUUCUGGCCGUUGAAUUUUUAGCAGCUUCAAAGAAUGAAGGUGCAAGCGUACAGGCUAAGCAAGAACUUCAUAAGUUAUGUGAAGCGAAUAGGGCUUUCGCUCACUACAGAAGUUCUUAA